AUGUCCAGUUUUUAUCGACUGAAGCAUGCGCGUCAAUGUUGGCCUUUACAACGUUAUUCUCACAGGAGUGGCAUUUCUGUUUCUUUUCGCCGCCUUUCAGACCGUCUCCCAAUCCUCGCAAAACGUUUUAGAGGCAGCUGCCAGGGAGACAACGGAAGAUGUGGGACAAGGAUACGUCAGUCUAUCCAUUCUAUAUGCUGCCUUCUCCAUUUUCAAUUGGUUUGCCGCUGUUGUUGUGAUGCUCUUGGGAACAAAAUACGCUAUGUUUACCGGCUCCGUUUGUUAUGUCGCUUUCAUUGCCACUUUCAUAGAACCUCGCGCUUGGAGCAUCUACCUCGGAUCAAUCGUCAGUGGGUGCGGGGCUGCAGUUCUCUGGACAGCUCAGGGUGCAUUGCUCACGGAAUCAUAUUCUGGGGUCUUUUCCAGAGCUCGCAAGUCAUCGGUGGCUUAUACACCUACUUCACUCUUUCGAAUAUCUCUUCCAUCGACCGCAUCCUACGACAUCAGUUGUUUGGUGGCACCUUGGCAUGUGCCUCUGUCGGAUGCUUGUUGUUUCUUGGUCUUCGUUCACCAAAUGUGACAACCACUACAAUCGAGGAUGAAGACUGUGUUUCCAGAGGGGAAAAUCUUCGGCUUAUAACGCGCCAUUCCAACACAUUGGGAUACUUCAACACAGCAACAAAAACGUUUCUUCGAUCAUUCGCUCUGCUUCGUUCCCGGACCAUGUUCUGCAUUCUUGUCGCUUCGGGUUUUACCGGAGUCAGCACCACAUUCUGGUCUAGCCUAUUCGCUUCUUGUGUCGGUCACACAUUGGCUUUCGGUACGGAAGCGAAAUCCUUCAUUGGUUUGGUGGUUGUAUUCGUGGGAAUCGGUGAGAUUAUCGGUAGUUUCUUAAUGAACUUGCGACGAUAUGUAUCCCCAUCUGGCUUGGUCGCUUUAUUUGGGUACGCGAGUGCUCUGAUUGCCGCCUACAUAUGCCUCAUAAUGUUGCCUGCAGACAGCCCUAUGGAAGACACUUAUGACAGCACCUACGUCACCCCGAGCAUUGGAGCUGCCAUAGUGGCUGCGGCACUGUUUGGAAUGGUGGACGCCGUGUGGAACACCCAACUCGGCGUCCUAAUAGGAAACACUUAUCGUGAACGUAAAGAAGACAUCCCUGUCGCGUUCGCAUUGUACCGGUGUGUUCAGUCGGUUUUGACGGCAAUCAGCUUCUCGUACGCGAACAAGCUGUUGCUCCAUUGGCAAGUGAUGAUUUACGCCCUUUGGGCCACGUUUGGAGUGGCUUGUUUCUUCCACGCAGACACAAUACAGGCUCGUCGAGCCCCGACCCGAGUCAGCACCACAUUCUGGUCUAGUCUGUUCGCUUCUUGUGUCGGUCACACAUUGGCUUUCGGUACGGAAGCGAAAUCCUUCAUCGGUUUGGUGGUUGUAUUCGUUGGAAUCGGUGAGAUUAUCGGUAGUUUCUUAAUGAAUUUGCGACGAUACAUAUCCCCAUCUGGCUUGGUUACUUUAUUUGGGUACGCGAGUGCUCUGAUUGCCGCCUACAUAUGCCUCAUAAUGCUGCCUGCAGACAGCCUAUGGAAGACACUUAUGACAGCACCUACGUCACCCCGAGGAAACACUUAUCGAGAACGUAAAGAAGACAUCCCUGUCGCGUUCGCAUUGUACCGGUGUGUUCAGUCGGUUUUGACGGCAAUCAGCUUCUCGUACGCGAACAAGCUGUUGCUCCAUUGGCAAGUGAUGAUUUACGCCCUUUGGGCCACGUUUGGAGUGGCUUGUUUCUUCCACGCAGACACAAUACAGGCUCGUCGAGCCCCGACCCGUGUUUUAGAAGUGCAACACACCACUUACUUGAGACUGGACUAA